AAGAUAUCUCGGUUUUUGGGUUUUAUAUAUCAUCUGGCACUGCUGAUGCCAUGACCUGCCUUCCAGAAGAGGACUUCGGAACAGAAUAUUAUAUAUUUACCUCUGGAGCAGGGCACGCCAAUCAAUUUGCCAUUGCUAAUGGAAGAUAUGAGAAUGUUAUUGUGGAGAUCACUGUCUCUGGAUCUCUACAGUAUAAUGGGUUGUAUUAUGGAAACUCUGACACUUUCUCAGUUGUUCUCAACUACCAACAAGUCAUUCAGUUCCAAAGUUCCACAGAUCUAACAGGCACCAGAAUUGUAUCUUCCGUACCAGUUGCGGUUAUUAGUGGCAACAGGUGCUUCACUGGAAUUAAUUCGCUCUGCGAUGUUCUAGUUGAACAACUAUACCCUGUAGAAAACUGGGGUCGUUUUUUUGCUGUAUUCCCUUUGUUGGAUCACACUCGAGAUAUCAUCGAUAUAAUUGCAGCAAGUCCAAAUACCACAGUGACCAUUAAGGACCCUCGGAAAACCACCCAGUAUAAUCUACAGCAAGGGUCCCAUGUUCGACUAAAAUUGGCAGACAGAAUCAUUGUGAAUUCUUCUGAACCCAUAAUGAUUUCCUAUCUCUUACAAGAAACCAUACCUGGACUGGUCACAGACUAUGACCCAUUUUUUGUAACCGUUCCGCCACUCUUUUUAACUAGGAAAUACUAUAAAUUUGUUACACAGGAUAAAUUUUACAACUUCCUCUUGAUUGUAUCCCAGGCACCUUCCUUGUCUGACUUCUACCUUGAUCACGAACCAUUGAACUUUCAGAAUGUCUCGAUGACAGAGUUACAUGGAAUUAAAGGCUGGGAAGUCUCACUGGGUAAAUUAAGUGGACAACAUGAAAUUUACCAUGAGUCACUAGAAUUUGUGAUUUACGUUUAUGGAAUUGAAACCUACAUUUCUUAUGGAUAUACAGUUGGCCAAGAAUCAAGAUAUCCAGGUAAUUAAACUUUUGCUUUAACUGGGAAAUAGGCGAACUGAAAAACUAUCUGUCAUCUGUAUGUGUUCUCAAUGCUAGUAAUCUUUAAAGGGGGACUGUCACUUCUAUGCAAUUUAUACCAUUGAAUAAAACUUUGAAAAUCGCCUAUAACUUAUGUUGACCUUUUUUUCAUGAGAUGCUCCAUUUUCUUUUAAGUUUGUAUUAAAAUGUUAUCAAAUGACAUCUCAAUCCAGUGCAGACAAGGCGAAGUCAGGACAAAUUUUGCAAAUGCAAUGUUUGUUACAUCUCUCCUUGCCUCUGUAUACUGCCUCUGUUCUGACUGCAGGGUGGAAAGAUGAAGCUGACAAGUUGCAGGGUAAAGAAGUGUGGAUUUCAAUAUUUCAUGUUAUUUUUCACACCUCACAAAUAUAUAUUUCUUAAAUAAAAUAAAAUUCAGGAAAGUGCCAGUUCCCCUUUAAAGUGACAUUAAAAUGUGUAGAAAACUAGACACCAAAAACUAGUAUGUGUAUUACAAUCCAAACAAUAAAACCUCUACAGCAAGGGUGCACAAAAGGUAGUUCCGCAGAAGUUUUAAAACUAUAGUAUCCAUGAUGCUUUGUCAUUCUACAGGCCUUCUAAAUGCCUACAAAGCAUCAUAGGAGUUGUAGUUCUAAAACAUCUGGGGAUCUACCUUCUGAGCACCCCUGCUCUAUAGCUUCUUAUCUACCAAAUUUUAGCCCUUCGAAAACAACAAAUCUAUAUCACAUUCUGGCCAUGUGUUUAUUUGUUUUGUUUAUUUUCCCCCCAUUUCAUAAUGUGUGUAAUUUCUAGAUAAUUUUAGUGUAACAAAGUGAUUACUUACUUUAUCAGGGCUUCAUUCUCAAGGCUAGGCUCAGCGAAAAUGCUUAAAGGGACACUAUAGGCACCCAGACCACUUCAGCCCAAUGAAGUGAUCUGGGUGCCCUGUCCCUCUAGGGUUAACACUGCCUGCUGUAAACAUAGCAGCUUCAGAGAAACUGCUAUGCUUACAUUUGGGGUUAAGCCUGCCUCUAGUGGCUGUCUUCCGGACAGCCACUAGAGACACAUCUGCAAUGCUGGAGGCAUAUUAUGCCUCCAUCACGCAGAGCAUUCUAUGGACACUUUGAAUGUGCGCGUUGGCGGGGGAGGAGAGGUAAGGGAGCCCGGCGGUGGACUAAGGUGAAUAACAGAAGGGGUUUUAACACCCCUUCAGCACCAUGGGAGGGGGAUCUUUUGGGUGGGGGCACCCUCAGGGUACUAUAGUGUCAGGAAAACCGAUUUGUUCUUACAGCUAUGUAACUUAACUGUUUUUUUUAUGCAAUGUGCAGCAUUGACAGCAGCAAUCAUACAAAAUAGCCUGUAGCAGAGAAUUAAACCUUGUUCUCUUGAGCUAUUACACAAAAGUUGCCAUUCAUCUUUGCAGAAAAGUAUUUUCCUUCCAGAAAAUGUCUGGCAAUUAAGUUCAUAAAUAGUUUAUUCACUAGUAUGCUAGCCAGACACCUUAAAGGAUCCACACGCGCAGUGUGUUUUUUUAAAACGCUUUGUAUGGGCAGAAAAGACAGGUUCAUUUCAUGCUGAAUGACACACUCACAAAGUGUAUAUUGGGAAGUGCUCUUAUUGGGGACUUUUUUUGAUCUCCCCUGAAGUAAGACACCAUAAAACAAACCUAGAAAGGCAGGACAAGGUACCAAAAGUUUAACUUUCCUACCAAAUCCAGAAAAGUUGGGGGUAUGAAGCCUAUAGGUUUUCUGCUGCAGUAAUCUAGAAAAAAUGUUUCACAUAUAACUAGUGUUGGCUUAAUAUAAAGUUGUUUUUUUAAAUGGGAGAGUUGAAGGCCAAACGACUAAAAGUGUAUGUGAAAAAAUAUUUUACAGGAAACAUUGUAGAUACAUGGAAUAGCCUUCCAGUAGAUAUAGCAUAACCUAAAAUAUUAAAGGACCACUAUAGUGCCAGGAAAACAUACUCGUUUUCCUGGCACUAUAGGGUCUCUAGGUCCCCCCCACCCUCUGGGCCCCCCUCCCGCCGGGCUCUAGGGGGUGGAAGGGGUUAAAUCUUAGCUGUUUUCCUCCGCCGGGCUCCCUCGGCACCGGGAACUCUCCUCCUCCUUUUCGCCAUCAUCGGCAGAAUGCGCAUGUGCGGCAAGAGCCGCGCGCACAUUUAGCCAGUCCAUAGGAAAGCAUUCUCAAUGCUUUCCUAUGGACGCUGGCAUCUUCUCACUGGGAAAAUCACAGUGAGAAGCGCGGAAGCGCCUCUAGUGGCUGGCAAUGAGACAGCCACUAGAGGCUGAAUUAACCCAUUUGUAAAUAUUGCAGUUUCUCUGUUUACAGCAGGCAGGGUUAAACCUAGAUGGACCUGGCACCCAGACCACUUCACUAAGCUGAAGUGGUCUGGGUGCCUAUAGUGGUCCUUUAAAGGUAUUGAAGGGCUUAUAGAAUGUACAUCAGGCUAUAAAUUAAAAUGUUAUCUCUUAGCACAAUGUAUAAAUACUCCAAGCCAGACAAGAAAUUAAUUAUCCAAAAAAUCUUUCUUAAGAAAAAAAAACUUUAGACCUCACCUAAAUAAAUAUUUUUUUUAUGAGUUGUUACUCAGUGCCUUUGGAUAUAAUGAACCAAUACAAAUGUAUACUGGGCCGACACAAAGUGCUCUGUGAUCACCUGUUCAUUAAAGGGACACUAUAGUCACCAAAACAACUUUAGCUUAAUGAAGCAGUUUUGGUGUAUAGAACAUGCCCCUGCAGUCUCAAUGCUCAAUUCUCUGCCAUUUAGGAGUAAAAUCACUUUGUUUAUGAACCCUAGUCACAACUCCCUGCAUGUGACCUGCACAGCCUUCCAUUAACACUUCCUGUAAAGAGUCAUCUAAUGUUUAUCCUUCCUUUAUUGCAAGUUCUAUUUAAUUUAGAUUUCCUUUUUUCCUGCUAUAUUAAUAGCUUGCUAGACCCUGCAAGAGCCUCCUGUAUUUUUUUUAAUUAUUAUUAUUAUUAUUUCCAUUUAUAUAGCGCCAACAGAUUCCGUAGCGCUUUACAAUAUUAUGAGAGGGGGAUUUAACUAUAAAUAGGACAAUUACAAAAAACUUACGGGAACAAUAGGUUGAAGAGCACCCUGCUCAAUCCAGCUUACAUUCUAUAGGAGGUGGGGUGUAAAACACAUUAGGACAGGAAUUUGCAGUCAAACAAGGUGGGCUGCCCUUUAGGAGAGAGCAAGAGACAGGUAUGUGAGGUAGAGGUUAGUCUUGGAGGCCAUAAGCUUUCCUAAAGAUAUUUCUUAAAAGAUGCAAGACUAGGGGAGAGUCUGAUGGCGGUAGGCAGGCUAUUCCAUAGGAAGGGAGCCGCCCGCGAGAAGUCUUGCAAGCGUGAGUUGGCAGUACGGGUGCGGACAACGGACAGGAGGUGGUCACAGGCAGAGAGGAGAGACAGAGAAGGGACAUACCUAGAGAUCUGUGAGGAGAUAUAAGAGGGGCUAAAGUUGUUCAGUGCUUUAUAGGUGUGAAUUAGUACCUUGAAUUGACUCCUGUAGCAUACAGGAAGCCAAUGUAAGGAGUGGCAGAGGGGAGAGGUGUGAGAGAACCGACUAGAGAGGAAAAUCAGUCUGGCAGCAGCGUUCAUUAUGGACUGUAGCGGUGCACUACGGCUUUUGGGAAGACCAAUCAGGAGAUGGUUACAAUAUUCCAUGCGGGAAAUUACUAGAGCAUGGACUAGCUCCUUGGUAGUAUCUAGUGCAAGUAAGGGGAGGAUGUGGGCUAUGUUUUUAAGAUGGAAUCUACAGGAUUUGGCAACAUGCUGGAUGUGAGGCUCAAAGGUGAGGCCAGAAUCAAGUAUGACGCCAAGACAGCGCGCUUGCAAGGAUGGACUGAUGUGGGUACCACUAACUUGAAGGGAGAGCGAAAGAGGAGGAUCAGUAUUAGGAGAAGGAAAGACAAGGAGCUCAGUUUUAGAAAGAUUGAGUUUCAGAAAGUGGGAGGACAUCCAGUCAGAGAUGGAAGAAAGGCAAGCAGUGACACGUUGCAGGACGGCAGGGGAGAGGUCUGGGGAGGAGAGAUAUAACUUGGUGUUAUCAGCGUACAGGUGGUAGUGGAAUCCAAAAGAGGUAAUAAGUUUGCCAAGAGAGGCAGUAUAGAGAGAAAAUAGAAGGGGAUCAAGGAAAGAGCCUUGGGGGACUGCAACCGAGACAUGAUGAGAGGAGGAGGUAUCAUUAGAAAAAGAGACACUGAAUGAGCGUUGGGAGAGAUAAGAGGAAAACCACGAGAGGACAGAGUCACAGACACCAACUGAUUGAAGAGUUCCUGUGAUUAAAAUUCAAUUUACAGGGAAAGAGAUACAAUUGUUUAAGGUAAAUUACAUCUGAUUGAAAGUUAAACCAGUUUUUUUCAUGCAGGCUCUGUCAAUCAGAGCCAGGGGAGGUGCGGCAAUGGUUGCAUAAACAGAAACAAAGUAAUUUAACUCCUGAAUGGCAGUGAAUUGAGCAGUAAAACCUGAGAGGCUUGAUCUAUACCCUAAAACAGCUUCAUUAAGCUAAAGUUGUUUAGGUGACUAUAGUGUUCCUUUAACAGAAGUGUACAAGGUCAUCCUUUGAGACAUGCAUAAUACAGUUUUGUUGGCUUAAGAAUUCACUUCCUCUUUUGAAGUCAGUUUAUCACCUGAGCAAAGUAAAAAUUUUGAUAAUGUUUGUUUUGAUCUACUUUACAUAAUUACAUAUUAAUACAGGUUGAUAAAAAGAUUUGGGUUCAUCUAGUUAAACCUUCUACAAGUUUCUGUUGCUUUUCCAAAAAAGCAAAAAAUAACCGUUUUCCAAUUUUGUCACAUAAUAAUUUUUCCUGGCUCCAAAAUGGCAAUCAGAUUCAUUCUUAGAUCAACAAAAUGUUACCCCAUGAACAGCAGUACUAAUUCAGUUUAGCUUACUGUAUUAUUAUUUCACCAAUGUUACCAAUAUUGCAAAUUAUUUGACACAAAUCUUUGUUAUCCAUUUCACCUUUAAGUGCCCCAAAAAAUUUGAUGUUUUUUUUUCUGUCAUCUAACCUUAUUAUGAUCAGAUCCGCCUUCACCACAACCAACCAAAGAGCCAGGAGAUUCGGAAGCCCUUACAUGUCUCUCUGAUGGAGCUGUGUAUCAGUUACAUAUGGGUUUGCUAGUUGAUGCCGACCUUUCUGUUGAUGACAUUCACCUUGAAGAUCCUUCAUGUAAGGCUGAAAAGGAUGGAAGCUUUGCUGUCAUUAAAAUACCGUUUAACAGAUGUGGAUCAAGAGUUCUAGUAAGAUUUGAUUUAUUAAAAAUGACCUUUUAUUUUAAACAUAUUCAUUACUUUAGAAAUCUUCACAUAUUUACGAAAAUACACUGCUAACAUUUUCUUUCAAUUACACAGUUUAAUAAAUGAAUUAAUAAAUACAUAUUAAACUAUUACACUAUAUCCAGUAGUUACUAAUAAUAUACUACCUAUUUAGAACAUUGAGAGUAUUGAGAGACUGUAUUUUCUUUGCUGAUGUCUACAGGAGACCUUAUGUUAUCAUUGAGUUUUUAAAAUAAAAUUAUGAUUGUAAUGUCAAUUGCUUUAUCUUUAAUAAACAUUAAAACGAAAAUUAAGCAUUACAUGACAAGGGGGCUAAACUAAUGAUAUGUGUUUUUCAUUGUUUUAUUAAGUGGUGUAAGUUCUAUGAACAUUAUAUAGUACUUAUGAAAAAAUACUGUAUCUGACUUCUCCCUGCACACAUAAGAGGCUGUCUCUCCUUCCCUGUCCCUCUGUGUCUCACCUUGUCUCUGUGUGCCUCUCUUCCUCAUUCCCUCCCUAUCUCUCUCCUCUGCCUCUUCUUCUUUCUGUUUGUAUCUAUCUCUCUCCCUCCCUCUCUGGCUCUCCUUCUUGAGGUCUCUCUGGCGUUCCUUCAUUCUGUAUUUCUCUGUCUCUCUCAGACAACAGCACACACAAUCACACUUGGCCAGCCACACAGAAUCACAUACAUGCAACUACAUGCAUAUUACACUUAGCCCCCGCAUAAUCACACAAAGCCACCACAUGCAUUUCACAUAGGUGUAUUGCUUUGAGAUAAGCUACAAAGAGGAGCGUGGAGGAGCAACAAGGGAAUAUCUCUUUAAUUCUUUCUUCAGAGAUUCCCAGUUAUGCCCCUAAUAUAUAGCUUAAUUGUAUAAAAUUAUUGACACAUUUUGUUAUUAGCUGUGUAAAGAAGCAAUUUGAUUGAUUUACCAUUCCUCCACCCCAACACCUUUCUUCUGGAUUCAAUCUUUUUUAAGAAGACCAAUGUCCUUAUCUCCUAUCGGUGAAUUUGGGCAAGUACUAAUAACCAAAGAAUAAGUAUCCAGUACAAUAUAAUGAUGUCACCUAUAAAUGAAUAUUUAUAUGAAAUUACCAACAAUGACCACUUACAGCUGCACUAGCAUAAUAACACAUUAGUAUGGUCAAUAAAUCUGCCAAUCGCAUGUUAAACUAUGCAGUCAUUUCUGACACAAUUGUUACUUAGGCAUUAUCAUGCCUAGGUUAGAAACAAGACAGAAUUAUUUUCUCUGCAAUAAUAAUUAUGGAAAAAAUAAAAACCCGAUAGGUCAAAAACAAAAACAAGAGCAUAGAACAAAACAAAAAGUCAUUAGAAUCGUCCUGUAGAAAGGAGAAAUAAUAUAAUUUAUAAUAGGUUAAUUUAUGUAUAGUAAGUAUUUAGUAUUGCAGAGUUUAGUAUGGCUGUAGUAAUUAUUUCUAAUAAUUAUUGGUUAUAUAUGUUUUUCUAUUUAAAGCACGUGUGUAACUGCAAAUGCUUAUUGCUUUUAUUUCUACAGAAUGAAGAUGGGAAAACAUUAUAUGUAAAUACCGUCUAUGGAACAAUCCCAGAUACCAGCAUCCAUCGUAUCGAAGUCCCUGUCAUAUGUGGAAUGGAGACCAAUGAAACACUGGAAUUUAGCUUCCAUCCUAAAGUCACUGAUGUGGUUGCUGAAGGUCAUUACAAUAUUUCAUUGAAACUUUACCAAAGUGAGGAAUUUGAUGAUCCAAUUUUAUCAUAUCCCUAUGAGAUUGAACUAAAUGGCAAACUCUAUGUGGGGUUUAAGGUGGAAUCGGAUGAUGAGGACCUACAAAUAUUGGUAGAAGACUGCAGAUCUGCUCCAUCACUGGAGAACAAUGCACAAAACUAUCAUCUCAUUCGACAUGGGUAAUACAUAAAGUGACCUGAGUUUCUCAUUGUACAGCUUUUUUGAAAACAUUUGUAAGGUUAUUACUCACAUUUUAACAGAAGCAAACAACAUUCUGUACGGUGCAAUUGUAUGAAAUUGGCAGUUCACAUUGACACGCAACAAUGUCACAGAAAUCAGAUAUACUUUUUAUUAUAAAUAGACUGUCCCAUUCGCUAAAUCAUAGCCAUCCUUAAAAUCCACUAAACUUUUCUAAUAACCCCAGCUGACUGACCAUAACUAUCCCAUCUGUCAUAUACCUUGAAAUAAAGUAUAUGAUUUUAUGCGAUCGUAUCUUUCCCAUGAGGUAUUAUCAUAGAACUGCGUGCCUCUGGCUCCUGACGUAAAUGCUUUUUACGUCAGUAAGUUUGAUCUAUUGUGCAAUAGACAAUAUUAGUUACCAUAUUACUGCCUUUAUUCUAGUCUGAGACGUGGACAUUUUUGGUGGCAAGACUUUCAUCAAGUCAUGCCACCUGACAAAUGAUCUGUUUAAUAACUGCAGUUGCCUCUUGAAUCACACAUGACCAAUUUAUUUGGACAGUGACAUACUACACUAUAUAUUUUCCUUUUUUUUUUAUUCUCCCUGCUUUUAUAUAUGUAUAUAUAUAUAUAUAUAUAUAUAUAUAUAUUUUAAAAUCUUUAUUUUUGACUCAGGUCAUGGUCUCAGCAUAAAAAGUCAAAUGGUACAGAAGAGAUAAUAAAGAAAGGCAACAUAUGCAUAUCAUCAAACGUUUGCAAUAUUGUAUAACAGAUAUGUGGAUUUGCUUAUAGUGGCCAUGGGCCAUGAGUAGUGAUGUCCCGAAUGGUUCGCCGAACGGUUUGCCACGUAUGGCGAACAUAUGCGCUGUUCGGUCCGCCCCCUAUUCAUUGAGUAAACUUUGACCCUGUACCUCACAGUCAGCAGACACAUUCCAGCCAAUCAGCAGCAGACCCUCCCUCAUAGACCCUCCCACCUCCUGGACAGCAUCUAUUUUACAUUCAUUGUGAAGCUGUAUUCUUAGUAAACUGUUCAGGAGGUGAGAGGGUCUGGGAGGGAGGGUCUGCUGCUGAUUGGCUGGAAUGUGUCUGCUGACUGUGAGGUACAGGGUCAAAGUUUAUGUUUAUGUUCGCCGCCCGCGGCGAACCAUUCGGGACAUCACUAGCCAUGAGCUGAGGGAAUUUUAUUUUGGGUAGUAGUAGUCAGCGUUAAUUCAGAAGCCUGGUGUGCCUGGAGCUAUGGUCUUAUAGCCGGUGGGUCCGGCUUCGCUAUAGGCUUUUAGGCUAAUUGAGCUACUAACAUAUUGGUGUUGAUAUGGUCCUGUUACCAAGCUAGGGUAGCAAGGGAACAUGAUGUCUAGUGUGUGGGCUGUUAAAUAGCAUGCUCCCGUUUUGAAGUAAACCCCAUUACCCCAGGGAGAGGGGGGGGAGGGGCAUUCUAACUACUUGCAAACAAGGAUAGUGGAGAAAGAAGAGUCCCGGUUGCCAGAAACGGCUUGCCCGUGGAACCAGAGGGCUGUUGAGGGGUAAGCCUCACGUGGCUUUGCGACCCGAAGCACCACCCCUGGUGCCGGUCGUUGUAGAUGUUCCCACUCCAGUCCGUCAAUGGGGCGAACGGUGUUGCUGUCAGUGGGUCACUCGUUGUUGGCUGUGCCUCUGGGUAGGUUAGUCCCUCGAUGGAUAGGGUGUCCUGUUGUAGCCCCAGGAGAUCUCUGGCCCCUUGCAUGUCGUGGACCUUAUGUGAAGUGUCUCCAUGGUGGAUCAAAAGGUAGGUGAUUUUAUGUAGGCGAAGGAGAGCCGUGAAGGGUUUCAUUGUGUGGCGCCAGGCUAGAGUCGGCCCUGAUAGAUACACAUAGAAUGAGAGCUGUCGAUCCUCAAACACCUAUGGCGUCUGGGUUCUUGUCACUUGGAGGACCGCUGACCUUUUUCCGUGGCUCAGGAAGCGCACCAGGAGGUCUCUCGGUGCUGUAGCUGGGGGUUUAGCUGGCAUGGGAGGUGGAACACCCCCCCUAGGGCUAUCUCUUUGGCCUGUUUUGAGGGUAAGAGAGCUGUCAGUAGGUGUCAUAUAGAAACAUAGAAUGUGACGGCAGAUAAGAACCAUUCGGCCCAUCUAGUCUGCCCAAUUUUCUAAAUACUUUCAUUAGUCCCUGGCCUUAUCUUAUAGUUAGGAUAGCCUUAUGCCUAUCCCACGCAUGCUUAAACUCCUUUACUGUGUUAACCUCUACCACUUCAGCUGGAAGGCUAUUCCAUGUAUCUACUACCCUCUCAGUAAAGUAAUACUUCCUGAUAUUAUUUUUAAACCUCUGCCCCUCUAAUUUAAGACUAUGUCCUCUUGUUGUGGUAGUUUUUCUUCUUUUAAAUAUGGUCUUCUCCUUUAUUGUGUUGAUUCCCAUUAUGUAUUUAAAUGUUUCUAUUAUGUCCCCCCUUUCUCGUCUUUCCUCCAAACUAUACAUGUUAAGAUCCUUUAACCUUUCCUGGUAAGUUUUAUCCUGCAAUCCAUGAACCAGUUUAGUAGCCCUUCUCUGAACUCUCUCUAAAGUAUCAAUAUCCUUCUGAAGAUAUGGUCUCCAGUACUGCGUACAAUACUCCAAGUGAGGUCUCACCAGUGUUCUGUACAAUGGCUUGAGCACUUCCCUCUUUCUACUGCUAAUACCUCUGCCUAAACAACCAAGGACGUAGGACUCUAUCAAAUAUUAUGUACUCUGCCCUUGGGUUUUUAUGUCCAAGAUGCAUUAUCUUGCACUUAUCCACAUUAAAUGUCAGUUGCCACAACUCUGACCAUUUUUCUAGUUUACCUAAAUCAUUUUCCAUUUGGCUUAUCCCUCCUGGAACAUCAACCCUGUUACAAAUCUUAGUAUCAUAUGAGAUGCGGCACCUCCCUCUCCGGUAUCUCCUCACCGAUGCCCCUGAUUUUGAGGUUCAGGCUUCUCAUCUGAUCUUCCAGUUCUGCGAACUGCUGGGCUGUUGUGUGAGUCAGUUGUUGCAGAUCUUGCACAGCUUUGCGUAGCCGUGCUGUGUCUUGUGUGUUUCAGCGGGAGUCUGCUUCCAGCAUGUUCAGGCGGCCUGUCAGGCCUUGCAAAUUUCCACGGAUCUGGGCUUGUAUGGUGAGUUGAAGCCCUGCUAGCAGAGUCUGGAUAGGAGCUGUCAAGAUGGGUGAGCGGUGUAGUUCAGCCUCGCUUGUGAAAUCGUCCGAUAGUUCGGAGUAGUUGUCAGCGUAGUCAGCCAUGUUUGUGCCUGUGUUGUUGCAGGCCUGCCGCCAUAGGUCCCCAAUAGUGCCGCUCAGCCGGGGCUUGUCGGGCUUGGCCUUUUUAGUUUUUCGGCCCAUCUCUUCACUCCUCGUUAGCGGUGCUGGUGGGUGCACUUUGUAACGGUUUUGUGACAUGUUAGAGGGUUUAGUGUAGUUGUUUGGUCCGGAGCUUCGGUUGCAUGCGGCCAUUCAGGUCUGUGGCUUGGCUCCGCCCCCUUUUAUAUAUAUAUAUAUAUAUAUAUAUAGGUGAACGCUUGGCACUCACCUCCAAAAAAAAUAUAAACUUGUAACUCACAUGCCUGGGUGCAAAUUGUUGGCGUCAAAUAUAUAAACAAAAAUAAAAAUAAAAAUGCACUCGAAGUGCAUUUUUAUUUUUAUUUUUGUAUAUAUAUAUAUAUAUAUAUAUACAUAUUUUAAGGACACUUUAGGCGCUGCACCACUCCUUGUACGUUCAUCUGUUUGUAGACGGAACGAGGGACCCCGGCUCCGGUGAUUUAGCUGCCGUUUGGACUGUUCCAGUUAUUGCUUAGAGCUCAAUACCCUUUAGCUUUUUCAUUAACUUUAAGCCAAACUAUUUGAGACAGAAUUAAAGAACACUCAUUUAACAAUAUCAGGGGCAGGUAGAAAUCCAGUCAGUAUUAUCCACAACACGGACCAAAAGAUACAAGAAUGGUAACUGGAUUAUCGUAAUAUACUGAUUACUAAUAAAAAAAGAAAAGACGUUGUAAUGGAUCUUUGAAUCCAUUCUGAUACAAUAAAUGCUACAGUUUAUAGUGGUUAUGAUGCAAGAACCCUGUUCUUACACUUUCCACUUUUAAAUGUAUGCUUUUUUAUUCUUCUAUAAUCAUACACUCUACCUCCACACCCCAGCUUUUGACUUUUUUUUACAGCAAAUAAGAUUUAUGAUGCUUAGAAUGUCCCUUUAAGCAUUUAACUCUAAAUGUAAUUUGAAUUCCCUUUAGCAAUGAACCAGCAGUGUGGCCUUCUGUACAUGAUACAUGUAAAUGUUUUCUUAUAAAAUUUGAACUCAACCUAUUAUUUAAUAUUUUAUAUCCAGGUGUCCUGUGGACUCUACUGUGCAUCAAUAUUCGGAUUUGGAUCAAAGAGAGAAGCAUUUCCGCAUACACAUGUUUAAGUUUGACGAUUCCUCGGAGGUGUACCUGGCCUGUAAUGUCAUCAUCUGUCAUAAUAGUACUUCUCCAAACCGCUGCUCUCAAUUCUGUGCUAGUCACAGGCAUAGACGAAGUGUACGCAAUGACAAUGUAAAGCUGGGUUCAGCCAUGUUAUCACAAGGGCCAAUUACAUUUAAACAAGGUAUUUUGGAUAUCCCUGAUUUCAAUUUAUACAUACGUGCAUUCCUUUUUGGGUAGAGAUAUAGCUGGUUAGUGCCCACAUAUUUACACACAGUGCAUGUUGCCUGGUUGGAGUUAUCUAGCUGACGACAAAUAAACAACCACUCAUAGUGUCUCCAUAGUACAAUACUAAACUUGACAAAAUUACAUAAAAAAAUUUGUGUCUUGUGCACUGGAAUGUAAGAAGCAGCAAUUUUGUAGAAACUACAAGGUUUCCAUUACAAAACUAAACACACAUCUAGUGGCUGUCUUCCAGAUAGCCAAGAGUGGUGCUUCCACAGGAACAACUUGGUCAUGUGUCCAAAGCAGCUCAUAGUAAAGCAUUUAAUAAAAUGCUGUGUUAUGAGAAGCAUAUGGAUGUGCUAUCCACACGUGUGCAUGCUCAAUGAGAAGCAUUGGAUUGGCCAUCAAAGAGAAAUGUUUGUACCCGUCAGUCUGUGUGAUUAGGAUACUUCUUAAAAAUAACAUAAAAGUUGCAUAAAUUGUUAUUAGUAAGUCACCUAAAAGUAAUUAUUAGUAAGUCACCUAAAAGUGUCGCCCCUGUCCACACCCCCACUCACACCACUAACAUGAAAGUAUCCCUCUUUGUCCAUUAGAAAUGUUGGGAUGUAUUGAUAUACACUACAUAUACUACUGUGAGUUUUAUUAUUGAGAAUAUCUGUGAUACUCACACUAUUCAUUACUAUAAGUUUUAUUACACACAACAAACUAGAUGAGUUUUAUUGCUGUGAAAGUCUGUGAAACUCAUACACAUGACAUUUAAACAAGGUAUUCUGGAUAUCCCUGAUUUCAAAAUACAGGGAUAUCCCUGAUUUCAGAUUUCAAAAUACUGUAAUAUAACCGUGCGUGCACCUCUGUGAUACAUUCUUACAUGAUGCACAUUACAGUAAGCUUUAUUGUUGUGGUGCUUUCUGAUACCAGCAUACACACUGCACAUUUCUCUAACUUUUACUGAUGUGGGGCUCUGGGAUACAUUCACACAUAACAAAUUAUUGUGGGAUUUGCUGGUGUGGUGCUGUGAUACACUCAUACACAAUGCCCUUAGCAUUAGGUUUUAUCGUUGUGAAUAUAUGUAGUAUACACAAUUCCUAUUAGGUUGAGUUUUAUUGAUAUAGAUCUUUCUUAUACAGAAAUACACACAGCACAUAAGCCUUGAUUUAAUAAGCUUCCCAAAUUAUUCAACUCUGUUUAUAAAACUUUCCGAUUAAUUUAUCCGUAGAAGUCACCAAUAAAGACUAUGGGGAUUUUGGUUCCAACAAAUAAUAAUUUGGAUAGUUUUUCUAACAGUAUUGAAUCAUUUGGGAAACAUAUUAAAUCAAGGCUGCAGUUUGCAAAGUCUUAUUUCAUGUCUAAUUGAAUGUACUUGCAGACAUUUUUAAAAAUGCCCCAUUGUGACGCAUAUGUUUCCAUUUGCAGGAGAUAACAUCCCACAUGCAGAAAUUCUCUCAGAUAAACGGGAUCUUUACACAUUCCCUUCCACUGUGUUUAUGGGCCUACUGUGCACUGUAGGGAUAUUGUCAGCUGCCAUCCUAAUACUUCAAAGACGUUACUACAAAGUACAAGAAUAUACUCUGCUGCGGAACAGCAUCAACUGACGUGGAUAUUUUGAUCAAAAAGCAUCAGACACCUUUG